AUAGCAUUUCAUCAAACACUUCAAAACUACACAAAGAAACCUUCAAGCUAGCUAAUUUGAGAUCAUCAUGGCUCCUUCUUUGGCUAUUACUGCUAACAAUAUUGAUCACGAGAGCACCCCUGAAGUUGUGGAGAAAUGGUUUCAGGACCACAUUCUGCAUCAUGCAAAACCUAAGGUCACGAAGCUCCAUUUCUUUGUUCACAACAAUGUUAGCGCCAAUAAUCCCACUUCUGUUCUUAUUGCUCCAGCCAACUCCAACAAUAUAGCAUCGAUUGCUUCCAGAUCGACCUACGCUAUGGAUGCUCCAAUAACUGUUGAUUCAAAUCCAAAUUCCAACUUUAUUGGUCGAGCUCAGGGCACGUUUACCUUUGUAGGUCAAGCCGAACCGGUCCUGUCUAUGGCCAUCAACUUGGUCUUAACGGAAGGAGAUUACAAAGGCAGUUCUCUAAGCAUUCUAGGAAACAAUCCAAUAUCUCAUGAGUACAGAGAGAUGCCAAUAUUAGGAGGUACAGGAGUAUUUCGAUUAGCUUGUGGGAUUGCCACCGUGGAUACCGUCACUAUUGACAUUGCAAAGUUGAAUGACAUUCUUGAGUACCACGCUAUCGUUCAAUAUUACUGAUUCCCUUGAAUGAUUAACUAUUUAAAACUUUAAUUCUGUUUUAGUAUUAUUUAUUGGUUUCAGGUUGCUGCUCAAAUUUUCCUUUUUGGAAAUUUUUUGCAAAUCCAUCUUUGUAAUAAUCAUGUGUGUUCAACUUCAUUUGUGAUCUUCUUCUGUACAUAUAUGUUACUAAAUGUUGCAUUUAAAAAAAUAAGAUAAUAUUACUGGCUUGCCGAGU